GAACAAGUGCAAGGGAAAAAACAAGAAACUAGCUUAAGGCCUUGGGAGGCCACCACACCAUGGUACCACUCUCUGAGUUCACUUGUUUAUGCAAGCACUUCUCUUCUUUACAGGAGCUUGUUUGUUUUGCAGCCACCACCACCCCCACCCUCCCAACUGUCCAACCCCACACAGGUCAGCACAAGGCAUGGGGGAGGAGCUAGCUUUGCCUUUUGCCAUCUCCAACCCCAAUUCAUGCCUCCAUGGCUCCGUUCUGUGAGCACAUAUACUACUACUAACCCACUCAUAAUCCGUUGCAAAAGAAGGCGUACAUACCCUGCGUUGCUCCCCUCCUUCCUUCCCCCAUCGUGUCAAGCCAGCAGCUGGAGCUGGAGCUGGAGCUGGAGCCAUGGCCUGCUAGGCCUAGCUAGAAGAAGAUGUGGAGUUAGGCACGGUCUCUUUUGAGCUGCUUGAAUGUUAAAUCAGGGACCUUUCUUGGAUGCUUAAAGAAAGUGGAGUGAGCUUUUGCUAGAUUUACAGUCGCACAAGUCAUAUUGACCAUCAUGUCUGUUGAGGUGGUGGAGCAGACUGUGCCUUCAAACCAGGCUAAACCGGCUGUUGAUCCUGUUCCUGCAAAGGCGAGCAAGGCCGGUAAGGAUGGCAGGUCAGACCUUAUUACGAAGGAGAUUAUAGAGGAGCAAAAGCCAUCUCAUCAGCGGCAAGAGUCUUCUGAAUCUAUAUUGGACAAGGGUCCUUCUAAUGUUGGUUCAGACUCAGGUGUUUUGGAUGUGCCACUAACCCCAAAGGAGGGCUCUGGUGAGCUGAAAGAGAUGCAAGAAUUCGAUUGCAACGGGAAUCAGCAGAAGAAGACAUCGCAAAAGAGCAGCACUAGUGAGAGCUUUGCUUCUGCUAAAGUGAGCGACGGGACGAAUAGUCUGAGGAAGACCUGUGGAAGUGGCAAGGUCAGUGAUACAGCUGAUUCUACCGAGAGUGGUAAGAGUAGCAUGUGCCGUCCGAGCACUAGCAGCAACGUCAGUGAUGAGAGCUCGUGCAGCAGUCUGAGCAGCAGCACGACGAAGCCACACAAAGGGAGUGAUUCAAGGUGGGAAUCAAUCCGGAUGAUCCGGUCUAAGGAUGGUGUUCUUGGUUUGAACCAUUUUAGGUUGCUCAAGAAACUGGGCUGUGGUGAUAUUGGCAGUGUGUACCUCUCUGAAUUGAGUGGUACAAAGAGUUACUUUGCAAUGAAGAUCAUGGACAAGGGGUCUCUAGCAAGUCGGAAGAAGCUGCUUCGGGCGCAAACAGAGCGGGAGAUCCUGCAAUCUCUGGAUCAUCCAUUUCUGCCAACACUGUAUACACACUUUGAGACAGAUAAGUUCUCAUGUUUAGUUAUGGAGUUCUGCCCAGGAGGGGACCUGCACACUCUUCGACAAAGGCAGCCUGGAAAACAUUUCUCAGAGCAAGCGGCAAAGUUCUAUGUGGCAGAGGUUCUACUUGCAUUAGAAUACCUGCAUAUGCUUGGGAUUAUAUACCGUGAUCUGAAACCAGAAAAUGUCCUUGUCCGGGAGGAUGGGCACAUAAUGCUGUCUGAUUUUGAUCUCUCCCUUCGUUGUGCUGUAAGCCCCACCGUCGUCAAGUCCGCCAAUCCUGGACCAGAUGCGUUGCAGAGGAACAAUCAAGCUUACUGUGUUCAGCCUGCUUGUAUUCAACCAUCCUGCAUCCAGCCAUCAUGUGUAGCUCCAACAACCUGCUUCGGUCCCCGGUUUUUCUCCAAGUCCAAGUCCAAGUCCAAGUCCAAGGAGAAGAAAUCAAAACCUGAGGUUGUCAACCAAAUUAGCCCACUGCCAGAGCUCAUAGCUGAGCCAACCGACGCUCGGUCCAUGUCUUUUGUUGGCACCCAUGAGUACUUGGCACCGGAAAUCAUCAAGGGGGAGGGUCAUGGCAGUGCUGUGGAUUGGUGGACCUUUGGCAUUUUCCUCUAUGAACUCUUGUUUGGCAAGACCCCCUUCAAGGGAUCAGGAAACCGGGCUACACUCUUCAAUGUUGUCGGCCAGCCCCUGCGGUUUCCGGAAUCACCAUUGGUGAGCUUCUCUGCAAGGGACCUGAUAAGAGGAUUGCUGGUCAAGGACCCGCAACACCGUCUCGCCUACAAGCGUGGCGCGACAGAGAUCAAGCAGCAUCCAUUCUUUGAGGGUGUGAAUUGGGCGCUCAUACGGUGCGCAAGCCCUCCUGAGAUACCCAAGCCAGUUGAGCUUGAGCGCCCACCAAGGCCAGCACCAGCUCCAGAGAAGGUUGCCCCAGCUGCCAAUCAGAAGGGCUCAGACAAUUAUCUAGAGUUUGAGUUCUUCUAGGUUUGCCUUCCUUUCUGCUUCUGAAAAGGGUUUGGUGCAUGCAAGCUGAUGUAUGAAAGGAGGAUGCUUUAGAAAUAUCUGUUUAGAUUAUUAGCUGUAUUCCGAGCAACCUUUUAUUUUUCCAUGAACUGCUUAUGAUCUAAUCCGUCCUGUGCAUGGUGUAAUUUGUAAUCAAAUCCAGGGAUGAUGUUUGAAAGGAUAUACACUGCCCUGUUUCCCCUGGUACAAUUAACUCAUGUUUUGCUUCAGAGUGAAUUGCAAGUUUGCAACUGAAGCUUCUUUGC